AUGCGUUUCUCCGACAUCAUCACUCCCCUAAGCCUUCUGGGUAUGGCAACCGCUUUCCAGCCCGUGGCCAGGCGCGGCGGCGGUGAAUGUAUCCCCUACGCCACCGCCCAGACGCUCGUCAAUGACUGGAUCACCACCCUGACGACACCCUCGGACGUUGCCAACAUGGAGAACCUCCUCGCCCCCAGCUUCUCCGAUUACUCGGACUCGAUCAACUUCAUUGCCGGGAUCCCCUUGGGAUCAGUGACGUUUCCAUCGCCCGAAGCAUACAUUGGAGGACAGGGUGCUCAGCCUCCCAUCGGCGUGGCCAUUCUCAACCUCGACGCCGUGACGUGCGACGGUGUCAUUGCCGUUCGAUGGGUCGCCACGGUCGGUCUCGACGUCGCCGAGGCAAAGGGCAUCUCCAUCCUGCAUGCCGUGCAGUCCGGGUCGGACUGCAACGCCGUCGGCCCUACUGGGUGGCAGUUGGGUCAGCUGUUCACCGAGUUCAACUCUGCCGCGUGGGUUCUGGAUAUCGGCGGGACUUGCGUGUCACCUGCUGCUCAGGCUUCGCGCAAGUUGAGAGGCUAG